UGUCACCCACCGGACUCCAUUCCAUUUCAACUUUCUAAUGCAUUUCAAAUCCGUCGCCCUUCACUGGUUAUAACGUUACGAUUCUACUUUCCUUUCUCUACCAUUCUCUCUCUGUUCCAAAAAUAAGCUUUUGGGUCCUUGUGAGCCUUUAUAGGAGGUUGAGCUUCUUGAUAGAAUGUUCCAAGAAACGGACAAUGCAGUCUGCCAUGGAAGGAUUAGUCUCCCAACUUGUCAAGAAUAUCUUUGGGAAGCCAAACAUUCUGAUAAAGUCUUCAAAUCGGAAGGUGGUCCAGACUCUUGUCUGCAAAAUGCUGGUUUAGAAAGCCACUCCUCAGGUGUCUAUAAAGAAUACUGUGGUGCUGAGAUGUCAGAUUUGUCUUGUGAGAGCACUCCAAGGCUUGGAUACAAGGAUAACCGCAGUUCUCUUUUGCUUGAUCAUAUGUCAGUACAAGAACGACAAUUGGUCUUUAGGAACAUGGUCAGAUAUGAAACACCAGUAAUAGACAAGCAGUGGCCGAAGCACAGUAUUUCACCUGGUUUGCAAAAUUUUUUUGAGUUAGAAAGUGGUUCAAACCUCGCAGAAUGUGGUCUAAUGACCACAAAAAAUGAAGUAAAAACUGUUCUCUCGUCUAGCAUGGAGUUCUUUGGAAAGGAUACCGGCACAAUCAAAGGAUCACUAAGUGAUGAAGGUAUGUCCAGAGAUCUGCAGGUAAAAUGGAAGAAGCUUGCUGACCUUGAAUCUUUGAAGACCUCAAAUUCUAGGGUUAGUGAAAUUGAACUGUGCUCGUCGGAUGAAAGGGACAAAGCAGGAGCAUUUGCCAUGCAAAAGAGAUCACGAAGGCCUCCCAGGAGAUACAUUGAAGAAUUAGCAGAGUCUAAAUCAAAAUUUUAUAGUAGAAAAUGUGGAGUGGCUUGUAAGAGGUCCAAGAACAACUUUCUGCAUGUUAGAUCUGACAAAAAUAAUAGGCAGAAGGAGACUCAGGAAGAAACAUUGCUUUGUCAAGAUAAAUCUUAUGAAGUAGGUUGUAUUCAAGUUCCAUUUGGCCUUCCAGUGGAAGCGGGCCAGUUAGAGGAACAUGACUCAUCUCUGAACUCUGAGGAUUGCAAGGACCACAGACUCCUAAGAUCCAGUGAGAAACUUGAGAUUGAGUAUUCUCCAGCAAAAUCGCGAGAGGAAAUUUCUGAUGAUGAGUGUGUCUUGAGGAGAAGUACUCAAAAAGAUAGCAAACAGAUAAAGCAUUAUACAUCUUGGACUUCUUCUGAAGUGAUGAAGUUAAUUGAAGGUGUUUCUCAGUGUGGAGUUGGAAGGUGGAGUGCAAUGAAGAGAUUACUGUUUUCUUCAUGUUCACAUCGCACAGCUGUUGAUAUUAAGGACAAAUGGCGUAAUUUGUUAAAAGCUAGCUGCACUCAGUUGCAGAAAGAGAGAAAGAUUAAGAGAGAUAUAAGCAAGCAAGCAUCAGAUCAUGUCCCGGAAUCUGUUUUGCAGCGCGUUAGGGAGUUGGCCGUCAUUUAUCCGUAUCCAAGGCGAAAAAGGAUAUUUUCAAAGAUACAGCGAUACCGCGGUAGAACUGGCCAACUACAAUGCUUGGAGUCAACUUUUUGCAUCCAAGGAAUUUGCUGCAAUAAUAACUCUGAGGAUUGCAAGGACCACAGACUCCUAGGAUCCAGUGAGAAACUUGAGAUUGAGUAUUCUCCAGCAAAGUCGCGAGAGGAGAUUUCUGAAGAUGAGAGUGUCUCGAGGAUAAAUACUCGAAAAGGUAGCAAACAGACAAAGCUUUAUACAUCUUGGACUUCUUCUCAAGUGAUGAAGUUUAUUGAAGGUGUUUCUCAGUGUGGAGUUGGAAAAUGGAGUGAAAUGAGGAGAUUACUGUUUUCUUCAUGUUUGCAUCGCACAGCUGUUGAUUUAAUCUCUUUGGAUUUUCAGGACAAAUGGCUUAAUUUGUUAAAAGCAAGCUGCAUUCAGUUGCAGAAAGAGAGAGGUUUGGUUGAAAUUACUUUUACCUGAUUUGUAGUUUAACAUCGUGAGCAGAUAUUUUACAUGCUCACUGUCGCGCCUGAGCAAUCUUCAAAGCUGAUUUUCUUUGGCAUGUCAAGAUUAUCGGAUUCUUAUCUAUAUAAAUUACCUUAUGCAUGCAACCGCAAGCUUUUACUAUCAAUUUAUAAUCUCUACGCAUGUUGUGGUUCUCGCUUUGCAUUUGUCUUACUGUAGUGUCUUGUGGAGUUGUUGCCCUGUUGACAUGGAAGAGCAACUCGACUGGCAAUAUCUUCUGAAAUAAAGCUUCUUAUUUGAACUGAGUUUUUUAACUUGUUUGCUGUGAUCAAUAAUUAAGAGUUGAAAUUUGGUAAAUCAGAACUCCUAUUGUGAGCUUGAUGGGUAGAUGCAUCAUUCUUCUAUUUCUUUAUCAUGCAGAUUAAGAGAGAUAUAAGCAAGCGAGCAUCCGAUCACGUUCCAGUAUCUGUUUUGCAGCGCGUUAUGGAGUUGGCCGUCAUCUAUCCAUAUCCAAGGCAAAAAAAGGUCCGCUCGUAAUACUCAUGCAAUGUCUUCGUUUUCAACCACCAAGAGUAAUGCACGGCCCCCCUCUCAACUGCUGUUAAAAGGGUCAAGAGCAAAUAGAUUGCUAGAAACCUCAGUGAACUUCACAAUGCAUGUGAGAUCUUUUUGUAUUUGAAGACUGAAAAGAAAGAAAUGAAAGAGUUUAGCCCUUUGGCAUAUUUCACCAUCAA